AUGGCGACCUGUGCGACGUCAGGCGCGCGGGCGACGACGAUAGCGGUGGUGGGCGACUGCAUGCUGGGUCGUCUGGUGAACCGCAUGCUGUUGCGACGAGGCAACGCCGUGCUUCGGAGAGCGGAUGAGCACAUCGACCAGCACUCCAGUGCCCUUGCAGCUGCAUGGCAGGCUGAGCAAGGUGCUGACGAGGAUAGUGCACACAUACCGGAAAGCUUCUGGCCCGACACUACAGCGGGCGCACCUGCAACCACGUCAGCAGCUGCAGACACGUCAGCAGGGUACAUCUGGGAUGGCUGGUUGCCGCUGCUACGGGCGGCUGACUGCCGGAUAGCAAAUCUGGAAACGAGUGUGACACGUCAUCGCGACAAGUGGCCCAAUCAGGCGUUCAACUUCAGGAUGCACCCGGUCAAUAUCGAUGCACUCACUGUAGCUGGCAUUGACUUCUGCUCAUUGGCCAACAACCACGUGCUCGACUUUCAGGCGCAGGGCAUGUGCGAGACCAUGGAUAGCUUGACACGUGUCGGCAUCCGAUUUGCUGGCUGCGGGCGGAACCUGGCGGAGGCCUCAGCACCGGCGUUCAUCACGCUCCCCAGUGGCAGCAGCUCGUUGCCGCCCAUCCAGCUGGCGCUGUUCAGUGCUGCCGACCACUUCAAGCACUGGGCGGCUACUGAAGACUCCCCCGGGAUCCACCUGAUAGACCCUGAGAGAGUCACCGACGCUGACCUACACCGUAUCACUGGCCUCGUGGCAGCCGCAAAGGAGCGCUCUGCUCGAACACUCGCAGUGGUGUGCAUGCACUGGGGCCCCAACUACGCAUGGCACCCCAGCCCUGCCAUCCGCCACCUCGCCCACGCCCUCAUUGACCGCUGCGGCGCCAGCCUCGUUAUAGGCACGUCGGCGCACCACAUACAAGGCGUGGAGUGCCACCACGGCGCUCCCAUCCUGUACAGCUGCGGGGACUUCAUCGACGAUUACAGAGUAGACGAGGAUUAUCGCAACGACCUCUCGUUCCUCUUCCAGUUGCACCUUGAUCCUGUCUCGUGCCGCUUCACGAGCAUCAGCCUGUUCCCGAAUGCCAUUCGGCGCAUGCAGGCGAGUACGCAUGUGAGUGCGGAGGAGCGGCGGUGGUUGUACUCUCGCAUGCGCCAGCUGUGUGCUGCCAUGGAGACGAGCGUGACGCCCGUGGAUCGAUCACUGAGACAAUUGGAGAUAGUGUUUCCAAGAGAAGAGUAG